GAUUAUGUAGUCUAGUAUGUCUCGUACUGCUUAUCCGUAAUUUUGUAUUCCACAUCCCAUCCACAUCUAUCAUACAAUCCAUUUUUAUAGGUAACGGCUUUCUGUCCCCUUAGACUGCCUCAGGACGUUAUCAAGGGGUUUUAUUUCAUCUGGCCUGCAUGUCGACAAUCAAUGUCGACGCGUAUUAUGGACCCGAGCUCGUAGAAUUUUGGGCACACAAAUACAAGAAGGUCAAGGAGGAAUUCGAGGAGCAUAAGAGAGCUACAGAAACAGCGCGCAAGGCUCAGCUGUCAGCUGAAUACGCUGAACUCCUCACCCUCGUCCGUGGGUUACACAACGGUGCAGAGGAAGCUUCAAUCGUGCGGCGGAAACUAGAGCUGGUAGAGAGGGAGAAAGUUGAUCUAACAGCUCGUAUGGCCAAUGUGGAAGCAGAACGAACCGCGCUUGCCCAACAGAUACAACUAUGUGUUGCACAAGCAUCUGCUUUUGCAGCUGAGGCGGACCAGCAUCGACGCAACUCACUAUCGUUGCUCUUCCCACCUGUUUCCUUCGUUGACCCAAAUUUUGAGCCUUCACCGCUACUCUUCACGAAUCCAACGGACAUAAUAUCAUCCCUCGAGCCGCAUUUUUCCGAGGGUAAUCGGCUAUAUUUCCUUCCUCGACCUCCUGCUUGUAUGCCCCUUCGUGUACCUGCGUGUGGACAGCCUGGUUAUUGGUUUUACCCGAAUUAUAUUCUAUCGGAAGAUACCGAGUUCGACUUGGUGGUUGAAGGACGCCCAGGAGAGUGGUCUUACCUUGGUAACUAUGUUACUGCUUUAUUUCCGGGAGGCGAGAUGAAGAUAUCCGAAUGGAUGAAUCUUGAUGAGCAGACGAAGAUGACACAUUGCUCGCGUGUUGCUACUGAGAACUCGGGCCUCCCUGCUGGGCAGAGUCCGUCGUACCCAGACCAAAUCACAGUGAAACGGAGAUACGAGCUUGGUGAAUGGCGUGUUCCUUGUUACAGCCUUCGUUGCGUCGGUUUUAAUAUGCCACUGUAUGAGGCUCUUCAUGUCGCCGCGACAAAGGUAAUGAGCGCGGAAAAUGCUAACACGGAGGCUGAAAGUGGGAGUGCGGAUUCUCAGAGUGCUCCGGCAAAGCCACAGACUGUGGUGUCACCGACGUUACAGAUCAGGAUGUUCUCCCCACAGGCUGCCCCAAGGUCGUCCACUGGUACUGGCGGAGGGAAAAGGCGGCGGACCAGCACGCAAAGAAGUGGCUCUUCAAGCGCAGAAGACCUCAGCUUGGAGGGGACCAAGAAGAGGACACGUACUUUCAAGGUUGGGAACAUCGUCGAGGAGAAAACCAGAAUCGGCUAGCACCCAAUAUACGUGAAAGUCCAUUCGCCUUCUAUCACACCUAUCCUUGGUGAAACAUUAUUAUCAUAUCAGUUACAGUAAUUCCUUGGAAUAUUUUUCGAGACCUCUCGUAUUCCUGUCGAUGUUUUCGCGUUGUUCCGCUCUUUUGUACUGACCUCCUAUCCUUACUAUAGAGUACUAAUGGCCAUGUUAUAUCACAUCGCACAGUAAAUAUUUGCAAGCUAAUACCUGAAUGUAGGAUCUAGUGUCAAUCUACCC